AUGGCAAAGAUUAAAAAGAAAGGAACCUCUGGCCAGGCCAAAAACUAUAUCACACGCACUCAGGCUGUCCGCAAAUUGCAGAUUUCUCUUCCGGAUUUUCGACGACUAUGCAUUUUCAAGGGUAUUUAUCCUCGUGAACCCCGAAACAAGAAGAAGGCAGCCAAGAACUCCACACCGAACACCACUUUCUACUACACCAAAGAUAUCCAGUACCUCCUCCAUGAGCCCCUGCUUCGGAAAUUUCGCGACCAGAAGGCGCUCGCGAAAAAGAUCGCUCGUUCUCUCGGUCGUGGUGAAGUCGGAGAUGCCGCGCGAUUGGAGAAAAACCUUGCGCCGAAGCUUACCCUUGACCAUAUCAUCAAAGAACGAUACCCAACUUUUAUCGACGCAUUGAGAGACCUCGAUGACUGUCUUUCGUUACUAUUCCUCUUUGCAAGUCUUCCGUCUACGACAUCCGUCCCACCCAAGACCAUUGCACGAUGCCAGAGGCUCUGCCACGAAUUCCAGCAUUACAUGAUUACUACGCAUUCCCUUCGCAAGUCGUUCCUUUCCAUCAAGGGUAUCUACUAUCAAGCUACCAUACAAGGUCAAGAUAUUCUCUGGCUUGUCCCAUACCGUUUCGUCCAACAGGUCAACGGCGACGUUGACUACCGUAUCAUGGCGACCUUCGUCGAGUUUUACACUACUCUGCUUGGCUUCGUCAACUACCGAUUGUAUACAUCCAUUGGCUUAGUUUACCCUCCCCGGUUUGACUCCGCUAGCGAUGAACGAGGCGCUGAACUGGCUGCUUUCAAGCUUGAAAGUAAGAAUGUCGGUCAUUUGAAGGCACUUGAACAGCCAACAGCAAACGGCACUACGCCCAGCGAGGUUUCCAAAGAGAUUCAACAAAAAGUGGACGACGUUGUCAAGUCAGCUGGCCUUGACGAAAUUCAAGAUACUACUGUGGCUGAAGAUCAAACAACAAAUGAAUAUGCGAUUGACAAGUUUGAGCCCGCCGCCCCGGAAGCAGACACAUUGCCUCAACCAGAUGGAAGCGAGAACGAAACUGGAAACCUCUUUUCAUCAUUCACCUUCUUUAUCUCACGAGAGGCUCCUAAGGCGCCAUUGGAAUUCCUCCUGCGCUCAUUUGGCUGCAAGCGUAUCGCAUGGGAUGCAGUUGCAGGAGAAGGUGCUUUCACCAAUGAUGAAACCGAUCCUCGUAUAACCCAUCAAAUUGUUGAUCGCCCGCCCCUUCCGGAGUCAUCACUUCCGGCUGUUCCUGAGGCGCAUGCAGACUCCGUGCGCAUUCGCACUGGCGGCCGCAUUCCAGGACGCACAUACGUCCAACCACAGUGGGUAUGGGAUUGCAUUAAUGAAGGGAAACUUCUGCGACCAGAUCUAUACGCGCCCGGAGCCACACUCCCACCGCAUCUGAGCCCGUGGGUCAAGACUACUAGAGGCGCUUACGAUCCUCGAGCAAGUCUAGCAGACCAAGAAGAGGAAGGUGAAGCUGAACGUGCGGAAGAAGAGGAGGAAGAGGAUGAAAGCGAAGACGAGCAAGUCGGAGAUGAUUCAAAGAUGGCCAACGGUGCUGAGGAAGAUGAAGUUAGCGAAGCAGAUGAUGACCACGGUAUGGACGUGGAUGAUUCCGAGCAGGAUGAAAGUGACGAAGGGGAAGAAGACGAAGAAGACGAGUUCGGUGGAUUUGACGAUGCUGCAGAAGCCGCAUCAGAAUCGGAAGAUGAAGACGAGGCUUUGCGAUCUCAGCACCAGAAAGAACUCGAAGCCGAAGCCGCUGGUCUGCCAUUCAGCGGAUCUACUAAGAGCUCAUCCACCAAAAAAUCCUCUUCCAAGACCAAGAAAUAUGAAGCCGAGCGACGCAAGGAAGAAGAAGAGCUCGAGAGACAGAAGAUGAUGAUGAGCCGGAAGAAGCGGAAAUUGUUGGAUAAGAUGUUGUACUCCAAUAAGAAGAAAGAGGAAGAAGCCCAAAAGUUACGCAGCAAGCGGAGAAAACUCGAGAAUGCUGCCAAGACGAAGGCUUGAGUUUAUAGAUAGUGUAUGUAUCGUAUUUUUCAUACGGCGUUUGAUGGUGUU